AACCAGAAUUUUCAAUGCUGGAAUUUUCAAUUGCCCUCGCGUCUUGUAAGAACAAGGCUCCAGGACCGGACAGGAUCAAAUUUAAUUUGAUGAAAAACCUGCCGGAUUCGGCCAAGAUACGAUUUCUUAAACUGUUUAAUAAGCUUAUCAGGAACAAUGUGAUCCCAAAAGCUUGGAGACAGGUUAAGAUUAUCGCAAUCAAAAAGCCAGAUAAACCUGCCGCAGAUCACCGCUCGUAUAGGCCGAUUGCGAUGCUCUCAUGCAUACGCAAAUUGCUUGAAAAAAUGAUCCUGCGCAGACUUGACAACUGGGCAGAAACAACUAACCAACUGUCAGAGACCCAGUUCGGCUUUCGUAGGGGCAAGGGCCCUAACGAUUGCCUGGCAUUGCUAGCCACAGAAGCAGAAAUGGCUCUUGGCAGCAAACAACAAAUGACCUCGGUUUUCCUGGAUAUCACAGGCGCAUUUGACUCAGUUUCAAUCGAAAUUCUUUCCGAGAAACUGCAUCAGAGAGGAUUCUCCCCUAUAUUAACAAACUUUUUGAUCAACCUGCUGUCUGAAAAGCAUUUACUUUUCAACCACGGUUCUUCAACAAUAACACGAACAAGCUACAUGGGUCUCCCCCAAGGCUCUUGUCUGAGUCCGCUGUUGUACAACUUCUACAUCAGUGACAUCGACACAUGCUUGACGGACGGCUGCACAAUGCGUCAGUUAGCUGACGAUUGCGUAGUAUCAGUCACGGCGUCUCUGGCUGUAGAUAUGAAAAACAGCCUGCAAAAUACGCUAGAUAAUCUGACCAGUUGGGCCAGCUGUCUUGGAAUUGAGUUCUCGCUUGAAAAAACGGAGAUGGUUGUCUUCUCAAAAAAGCGACCACCACCCCGUUUGGAGCUAGUUCUGUCCGGAAGACCCAUCACCCAGUCACCUAGCUUUAAAUAUCUCGGAGUAUGGUAUGACUCUAAGUGCACAUGGGAAAAACAUAUAAAUUACCUGAAGCAAAGAUGCCAACCAAGGAUCAAUUUUCUUCGGAUGGUAACAGGAACAUCAUGGGGAGCCCAUCCAGAGGAUUUGAUACGACUCUAUCAAACCACGAUUCUGCCCGUAAUAGAAUACGGCAGCAUAUGCUUCAGAGGUGUCGCAGCUUCACACAUGCUGAAGCUCGAGAGGAUACAAUACCGUUGUUUGCGUAUCGCUCUAGGCUGCAUGCAGUCGACACAUACCAUGUCCCUAGAGGUCAUAGCUGGAAUACUACCACUCAAAGAGAGGCUGUUUGAGUUGGCUUUUCGUUUCCUCAUUAGAUCGGAAAUAGCAAAUCCAAUGCUUAUUGCGAACUAUGAGAAAUGUUUGGAAGUUGUUCAGAAACCCUGUAUGUCAGUAUACCAGCGGUUCAUGUCCAUGGAGAUAAACCCUUCGGUUGUUGCUCCAUCCCGUGAGAUUUCAACAUCGCUCAACAAUUCUUCUGUUGUAUUUGAUUUGACGAUGAAACAAGAAAUCCAUGGAAUUCCCGAUCACCUCAAACCAACAGUUGUGCCAUCAAUAUUUUCGGCAAAAUUUGGCCACCUCCCAAAACAGAAUUCCUUUUUCACGGACGGAUCUGUGAUGGAUGGACAUUCCGGAUAUGGCGUUUUCAACACAGAUCAUCGCAUAUCUCGCAAACUGGCACAGCCCUGCUCCAUAUACGUAGCUGAAUUAGCUGCCAUACACAAUUCGCUGCGAAUUAUCGAGCUCAAGACACCAGACAAUUACUUCAUCUUCUCGGACAGCCUCAGUUCUAUCGAAGCUCUCCGAUCGAUUAAACCGGUCAAGCACCCGUCCUAUUUCCUUCCGGAAAUCAGACGGAUAUUAGAAGUGCUGGUUGAUCGGUCUUUCAUUAUCUGCUUUGUGUGGGUCCCCUCUCAUUGCUCAAUCCCAGGCAAUGAAGAAGCUGAUUUAUUAGCAAAAAGGGGUGCCAUAGAUGGAGAUAUAUUUGAUAGACCGAUCACCUAUACCGAGUAUUUUCAUCUGCCCCGACAACUGGCUCUGGAAAACUGGCAGGAAAAGUGGAAUAAAGACGACCUUGGGCGAUGGAUGCACUCGAUCUCGCCCAAAGUGUCUACAAAAGCUUGGUUCAAAGGGUUAGAUUUAACUCGUGAUUUCAUUCGAGUUAUUUCGCGCCUAAUGUCCAAUCACUAUGUUGCAAACGCACACCUCUAUCGAAUAAACUUAGUCGAUAGUAAUCUGUGCGAAUGUGGAGGGUACGAAGAUAUUGACCACAUAGUCUUCGUAUGCCCUAAGUACCACAGAGCAAGGGCCAAGCUUAUAGAUUCUCUCCGGAAACAGGAAGUGACGUUUACAAUGCAAGUACGGGAUGUGCUUGCUAGCCGCAACCCCGCGCUUAAACAUGAAUCAUCGCUUCUUUUUGAGAGACAUGAUCCACCGAACUUAGAUUUUGAUUUCAAAGAGAUAAGAAACCAUCACCCUCAACGAAUAGUAGUAAGGAUUAGUAUUUAGUUAUAAAGAGAAAAACUUUGAUGUUAAUGUUAGUCGUAAGCUUAAAUGACAUGUAUUUUUAAAUUGUAUUUUUAAAAGAGAAAAGAUGAGAGGGUUUUUAUGCCUGUUUGAGGAGGAGCAGUCGGGAUACAGGCUCUACUCAAGCUGGCUUUUCCCUACUCCAAAAGAUAUUCGGCCCCGUUAUGCUUCGCGGUUGGGCCUAAAUAAAUAUU